GAAAAGAAUAUAGUUUAAAUUCUACCACCGGGUGUGUAUUUAACAUAAUCAUUUUUUCAUUCAAAACAAGAAUAUAGAGAAAAUAUUAGAAUUUAAAUCCUACCAUAGUUAGAACAUAGCAUAAAAGUGAGAACUCAUUUUUUAUCUACGAUAUAUAAUAUAGUAAAUAACGUUUUUUAGAUUUUUCUGCAAUAAAAUAAAAAAACCUACAAUCAGGGGCGGAUCCACGUAAACAUAUAUGGGUUCACCUCACACCUGUAAUAUGAAAUUUUAAAGUUUUGUAAGCCCAAGUUAUUAGUGUACUUUAGCAAAAUUGUUAAGAUACAUAAUCUGACCCCUAGCCCGGAUUUAAGUGUCACCCUAUUUGCUAUAUUUCUUUUAAAUUUCUUCCUUUUUACCGAAAUUUGAAACAUUUUUUUAACAAAGUCGAAAUAUGCUAUCUUUCAUCACACCCUUAAUUAAAUAUACUUUGACCCCCGAAAAUUAUUUUCUGGGUUUGCCACUGCCUACAAUAUGUAUUGUAUUUUAUAAAAAAACAAAGACAUUUGGUUAGAAAUCAUGCAGAUGUAUUCUAUAUUUGGAUAGAUCAUAGAGAAGACUUUACAAUACGAAAUAUAACUUAUAUAAAACAUAUAAGAUAACUUAGAGCAUCUUUAUCGGGCGUAUGUAGGGGGUUUCCUAUGUUUAAAAGAAAAUCAAAAAUACAAAUAAAUGGAAAACACGUCUCUUAUUUUGGCUUAACAAGAGACGUUUUUAGGGAACACGUGUAGGCAAAAUGAGAGGAGAGAGGGGGAGCGUAUUCUCGUUUCGUUAUUUCUCUCUCAAAACGUCUCCAUUUUCGUAUCGGAGGAGAUCAGAGAAGACGAUUGGCGAGUCAACACUCCUCGAAAGCGGAAGCUGAGAUCCGAUUCCGCCGCGGAGGUUGCAGUAACCGAGGUCUCGACGCCGAUGAAAUGGAAAUCUCAUCGACGAUGUGCUGUUUCAAGCCCAAGGACGCCUAUAACGGAGGUUGAGAAAGAAUCUAAUGGAAAGCUAUUUGAUUGUUUAGAUGUUAAAUCGAAGUGGAAUCCUAGAGCUGUGAAGGAGGCAUUGCACGUUUCCAAGGCACCAUCAACUGUUGUUUGCCGUGAGGACGAGCAAAGACGUGUUUUAGAGUUUGUAAAAGCUUGCACAGAACAGAAGAAGGCUGGGAGUUUGUACAUAUGUGGCUGCCCUGGAACUGGGAAUUCAUUGCCGAUGGAGAAAGUUAGACAACAGGCUGAAGACUGGGCAAAGCAGGUGAUCAAUCUUGUCUCUUUAUCUUAUGGACUUGUGAAUCUAUAUAUCAACAUAAAAGACUGAUGUUCGUUUAUGAGUUAUUUUAGGAAGGCUUGCCUUGCUUGGAAACAGUGUAUGUUAAUUGCACGUCAUUGACCAAAACAAUAGAUAUAUUCUCCAAGGUAAGACCUUAUGCAAUUGAUUUACAUCCAAGUUCUUGGUUUCAUAUCGGUAUAGUUGUUUAUUGGGUUGUUUUGGAUUCAGAUACUUGGUGAAAACGAGACAGGGAAGAAAGCUGUUGCCUCCUCUUCACCUCUACAACAACUUCAGAUUAUGUUUUCUCAAAAGCAACAAUCACCUAGCUUAAAGAUGAUGUAGGUUCUUUUUCAUUCCUGUGGUUGCUGCGAUCUGAUCACUUGCUCAGAUUGUUGUUUUUGCUGUUCUAUAAUUUUUUUUUUAAGAACCCAUAGUUAAGAAACUUGCAAUAAAGCACCUAAAUGUUCAAAUCUCUUUCUAAGUCUCUUAACUCACUUUUACAAUUGAAAAACUAUUAAAAAUUAACUAAGAGACCCUUAAGGGGUUUAGGGAUAAUGAUGCUCUUAGAAUAUCUAUUGGCCGGUUCGCCUAACUUUCACUCUCCUUUGUGCUCUCCCUUCUCUCUAGCCAUCGCCUUCACCGAUCUUAGUCUAACCGACCGGCGGAGUGGGCUACUAUAGCCACCGUCGGUCGGAUUCUUCCUCUUUUCUCUUGUAUCGUAUAUGUGUGUUGUUCUUUAGGUUGUGGAUAAGAAUCAUGUGGUGAGAUGUCUAAAUCUAGUCUCCAAACAAACAAACACAAAAGGAAAUUGUCUCGGCUUAAAAUCUGUUGUGGUUCAUCCCUUUCCGGUUUGUUUCCUUACCCUAAGGUCUCGAUUGGGUAUUGGGUCACGACUAUGUGUGCGUCAAGAUCCUUGGUUCUCGUUACUGGGUCGUCCUCUCGUAUUUAGUUGUUUGAUUGUCCUUGCUGCUCGUGUGAGUUAUGUCGUGGUUGGAGGGUGUGCUGUCCCUUGUCUCCGAUUGCUUCAGAAUAGUUCCUGGUUUGUUUCUCUGUCGGUCUUUGCGUUAUCCGGCUCAGAUUCAAGGGCAGACAGGGGCCUCGCCCCUUUUGCAUCUUGCCAAAGGAGUUUGAUUGUUAAAUUGUGUUCUUCAUAUCCUUGGGUUGCUGGUCUGUGUUCUUCUUCAUGGCUCGUUGGUGUGGUCUCCCUAGCACUAUAAUGAGUUGUGACGGCCCCUAAUAAAGUUUGGCUUAUGAUGUGUGCUUAUCCACUCCCUCCUCCUUCAAUGAUUCUUAUCACUUGGAUAAGUUAUUGUUUGAUCUAGGUGUACUCUCUGCUGGAUCCUUAAUCCGUGUUUGUAAUGUCGUUUGUCUUUGGCUCCUGACAAUCUUGUAAUGCUGCUGGCUUUUGUCUUCGGAGGAGGUUUGUCUCAUGCCGACUUAGUGUUUUAUGAUUUGUAUUCCACCAUGUAUAACUCCCUGGUUCUUAAUCAAUGAAUCGUUUAAUGUAAAAAAAAUUAAAAUGUCUAUUUUAUCCUUGUUAAAAAGAUAUAAUAUACAUUCUAACAAAUUUUGAUCAACA